AUGUCGUCGACCUCCCACCCUCCCAGAUGGGCCGCCCUCGCCCGCGACACGAACGAGACCAAGAUCCAGCUUGCCAUCAACCUGGAUGGCGGGGCAUUCCCACCCGAUACCGACUCGAGACUCACCGCGGCCCUCGGUGACGGCCACGCCUCCCAGUCCAGCAAGUCCCAGACCAUCAGCGUCAACACGGGCAUCGGCUUCCUCGAUCACAUGCUCCAUGCCCUCUCCAAGCACGCUGGCUGGAGUCUGGCCCUGAUCUGCAAGGGCGACCUGCACAUCGAUGACCACCACACCGCCGAAGACGUUUGCAUAGCCCUCGGGUACGCCUUCGCCAACGCACUUGGCAGUGCGACCGGCCUCGCCCGUUUCGGCUUCGCCUACGCUCCCCUCGACGAGGCCCUCUCCCGCGCCGUCAUCGACCUCUCGAACCGUCCCUACAGCGUCGUCGACCUCGGAUUGAAGAGGGAAAAGAUUGGUGACCUCAGCUGCGAGAUGAUUCCCCACUGCCUGCAGAGCUUCGCCCAGGGCGCCAGAGUCACCCUGCACGUCCACUGCCUGCACGGAGAGAACGACCACCACCGUGCCGAGAGCGCCUUCAAGGCCCUGGCUGUGGCCGUCAAGAUGGCGACGAGCCGUGUUGCUGGUAAGGAGGGUGAGGUUCCUAGCACCAAGGGAACUCUGAGCGCAUAA